GGGAGUUGAGCUUGGCCAGACCUGCCCGGGCCCCAGCAGCACCCAGCGCUCAGCUGCCCCCGGGCCCACCAAGGGGGAGUGUGUGUGUGUGUGUGUGCUGGGCCCCCCGUGAUCACUCGGGGAGUGCUGGGGAGGGCCAGGGGUUCCCUUUCCCAGAGCCACAGCGCAUUUCUCAAAAUGGAGCCUCCACUUGCCCCUCCUUCUCUCUCAGGCUCCCGCUCUUGGAGCCUGGCUGGCUGGGCCUGCCUUUCCAGAGGCCUGGCUCUGGCUCCCUGUGUGUCUGGCGCUCAGGGCCCAGUAUUUAUAUCUCUUGUGGGUUUAGGGGCCCCUGGCUCCGUGGGAUUCAGGGACCCAGGCUCCCUGGGUCAGCCUGCCUCCUUGUCUGCCUGACCCCAGGGCCUCUCUGAGUCUUUGUCUCUGGUCUUUUGGGUCCCUGUCUUUCUCUGAGUGUCUGUCUCCUCCCCUUACUUCUCACUUUCUUGGUGCUCACUGAAGUGGGCAAAUGCAGAGGUGCCAGCCUCCACUGCCCCCAGGAAGCCCCUUCCCCCCAGCUUUCUCCAUGCCACUUUCUCCACUCCACUGGAGUGGUGUGGAAGAGGGCAGCAGAGGGGAUGUGCCAUCUGCUUAGCUCAAGGCUGGCAUUUGGUGGGUGGGCUCUGUCCACCCCCAGCUCCCACCCCCCCAGCUCCUCAACCCUCAGUCUGGACGCCUUCCUGGUUUCAGGGUCCUUUGACUUGAGUGGGGAGGUGGAGGGUGGGCCUGGUGGAAUCCAAGUGAGAGUAAAGAGGGACAGGCAAAGGAGUCAGAUAAUGUGUCUCUCCUUUCCCCGCACUCCAGUAAGUGACAAGAACCAGGCUCCUGCUCACCCAGUUGGCCCUGCUUGCCACCCAGGCUCCCACCCACUCUCACACACGCUCUGUUCACACACUCCUCUGUACACACUUGCGCACACUCACUUCCUUGUUUCUACGCUCAUGUAAGAGAUACGUGAGUUUACAUAUAGACCUAUGUCUAUUUGAGCACAUCUAUCCAAAGAUACUCUCAGUUGCGCUCAUACACCACACGUUCACACAUUACGAUGCAAUUAUUGUGUUUACAUAUUUCCUGAGGGAUCUCGAUGCACACACAUACUCUUUUAUUACAUAUUAAUGCACAUAUAGGAAAAAUAGGAAUACUGAUACAACUGUACCAACACACAUAUACUCACACAUACGCAUCCCUGAUGUUUUCAUACAUAAUCAUUUACACACAAAGUCCUCACUUCCAUGCGCCUGUGCAGUCUCACACACACACAAAUAAGUACAAACACAAACUCCCGUUCCUACACGAUUCUAUGUCCACUUCUUGGCCCCGGCUCUGCAUGAUGACUUCAGCAGAUGCCUGAGUCCUGGUCUUCGCACCGGGGGAGGGAGUUCCGGGUGGAGACUCCGCUGUCCCCUUCCAGGAAGGAGCAGAGCCCAGGGUGGUGGGGCCCUCUUCCCUGGGCUCCAGGGAAGUGAGAUCUGAAAGCAGCUGCCAGAGGUGACGGUGGGGCUUCCAUCUUCAUCCCCUCAGGGUUACUCAGAGGAAUGUCUAAAGCCGGAUGGUUUUGCAGAACCAGAGGUUGGCAGCAGGCCUGUGCAGGCUCCUUUAGGCCAGAACGAUUGGGUGUGGUGAGGCUAGGAGUUGUCAUGGAAGCAAGCAGGAGCCUGCAUCCACCUCUGGAAGGCAGGAGACCCCAGAGGGCACCUGUGGGCUCCCUAAAAGCUCUGGGUUUCUUGCUUGGCCAGCUCCACCCUGCCGCCUCUCCGUCUGGGAGAAACUGAGGCCCAGGUGCGGGAGGCUUGGCACUGCCUGGACUGGCUGUUUAUUCCCUAAUUACCGUCUGAGUUGCUGACUGUCCCUGAGGUCGCCUCAGCCCCAGCUGCCCUCUAAUGAGGCCACCUGUCCCAGGGGACCAGGAACCUGUGUUGGGACCUGGUAGAGAUCUCCCUCCUAAACUUGGGUCCUGGCUUCUGUGAGGGAUGUGAGUUUGGGCUGGGGCCUGGCCCCCCCUGCCAAGGGCCAUGCAUAACCACUAGGCCUCCCGUCCCCUCGGUGUCCUUGCUCGGAAGGGUCAGUCUUUAGCCCUGUCCAGACCAGAGUUGGGCAGUGAUCUGGAUCCCAGGAAGAAUGGAGUUUCCUGCCAGUGCUUGGGGGAGGAGCCUGAGGGACAUCAAGGCUUGUACUGAUGUCAGGAGGCUGUUUGACCAGGGACAAGGGCUCAGGAGAGGGACUCGGGACUUGUAUAGGGAGGGAACUCUGACACCAUUACCCUGCUCGCAGGUUCCCCUGGAGGCCCUUGGCCAGGCCUGAGCCUCUGUCACCAUGGCCAUUGUGCAGACUCUGCCAGUGCCACUGGAGCCCGCUCCUGAGGCCACCACUGCCCCACAAGCUCCAGCCAUGGGCAGCGUGAGCAGCCUCAUCUCAGGCCGGCCCUGCCCUGGGGGGCCAGCUCCUCCCCGCCACCAUGGCCCCCCUGGGCCCACCUUCUUCCGCCAGCAGGAUGGCCUGCUGCGGGGUGGCUAUGAGGCACAGGAGCCGCUGUGCCCAGCUGUGCCCCCGAGGAAGGCCGUGCCCAGCACCAGCUUCACCUACAUCAAUGAAGACUUCCGGACAGAGUCUCCGCCCAGUCCAAGCAGUGACAUCGAGGAUGCCCGAGAACAGCGGGCACGCAAUGCCCAUCUCCGCGGCCCCCCACCCAAGCUCAUCCCUGUUUCUGGAAAGCUGGAGAAGAACAUGGAGAAAAUCCUGAUCCGCCCAACAGCCUUCAAGCCAGUGCUACCCAAACCUCGAGGGGCACCAUCCCUACCUAGCUUCCUGGGUCCUCGGGCCGCCGGACUGUCUGGGAGCCAGGGCAGCCUAACACAGCUGUUUGGGGGCCCUGCCUCAUCCUCUUCUUCCUCCUCGUCCUCGGCUGCUGACAAACCCCUGGCACUGAGUGGCUGGGCCAGCGGCUGCCCAUCGGGGACACUGUCUGACUCCGGCCGAAACUCACUGUCCAGCCUGCCCACCUACAGCACCGGGGGUGCAGAGCCAGCCACCCACUCCCCAGGCGGGCACCUGCCCUCCCAUGGCCCUGGGCGGGGGGCACUGCCCGGGCCAGCCCGAGGGGCCCCUACUGGGCCCUCCCACUCGGACAGUGGCCGAUCUUCCUCCAGCAAGAGCACAGGCUCCCUGGGAGGCCAUAUGGCUGGGGGGCUCUUGGGCAGCGGUGCCCGGGCCUCCCCUGACAGCAGCUCCUGUGGGGAGCGCUCCCCACCCCCUCCUCCGCCCCCUCCCCCCCCUUCGGAUGAGGCCCUGCUGCACUGUGUCCUGGAAGGAAAGCUCCACGACCGUGAGGCAGAGCUGCAGCAGCUGCGGGACAGUCUGGACGAGAGUGAGGUGACGGUGUGCCAGGCGUACGAGGAGCGGCAGCGGCCCUGGCCUCGGGAGCGUGAGGCACUGCGGGACGACGGCUUCACCCAGGCGCAGCGGGCACAGCGGGCCCAACAGCUGCUUCAGCUGCAGGUGUUCCAGCUGCAGCAGGAGAAGCGGCAGCUGCAGGACGACUUCGCGCAGCUGCUGCAGGAGCGGGAGCAGCUGGAGCGGCGCUGUGCCACCUUUGAGCGGGAGCAGCGGGAGCUUGGGCCUCGGCUCGAGGAGACCAAGUGGGAGGUGUGCCAGAAGUCAGGUGAGAUCUCCCUGCUGAAGCAGCAGCUGAAGGAAUCCCAGGCAGAGCUGGUGCAGAAGGGCAGCGAGCUGGUGGCCCUGCGGGUGGCGCUGCGAGAAGCCCGAGCUGCACUACGGGUCAGCGAGGGCCGGGCGCGGGGCCUGCAGGAGGCGGCCCGGGCUCGGGAGCUGGAGCUGGAGGCCUGUUCCCAGGAGCUGCAGCGGCACCGCCAGGAGGCCGAGCGGCUCCGAGAGAAAGCCGGCCAGCUGGACACCGAGGCGGCCGGGCUCCGGGAACCUCAUGUGCCCCCUGCCACCGCUGAUCCCUUCCUCCUGGCAGAGAGCGAUGAGGCCAAGGUGCAGCGGGCUGCCGCCGGGGUCGGGGGCAGCCUGCGGGCCCAGGUGGAGCGGCUGCGGGCAGAGCUGCAGCGAGAGCGGCGGCGGGGUGAGGAGCAGCGGGACAGCUUCGAGGGUGAGCGGCUGGCCUGGCAGGCAGAGAAGGAGCAGGUGAUCCGCUACCAGAAGCAGCUGCAGCACAACUACAUCCAGAUGUACCGGCGCAACCGGCAGCUGGAGCAGGAGCUACAGCAGCUCAGCCUGGAGCUGGAGGCCCGGGAGCUUGCUGACCUGGGCCUGGCCGAGCCUUCCCCCUGCAUCUGCCUGGAGGAGAUCACCGCCACGGAAAUCUAGGGCCCUUGGCCUCCCAGAUCUGAGGGAGGUCUACUGCAGGGGAGUGGGGGCAGGAGCCUCAGGUCUGCUGAGGUCCCCAAAGUCUGAGAGGCCCAGAGCUGCUUGUCCCCUGGGAUCCAGGCCUCUGGGUCUCUGCCAAGAACUUGGAGCUGCCCUGUGACCCGGAUGGGUGAGAUCAAACUCCUUAAAGGUCCCCAUUUCACUGUCACGCUGAGGCUCCUACUCACUUGACCCAUUUCACCCCCACUUCUACUGCCAUUGCCAGUCUGCCAACCGCAUUACUCCCCGGAUGCCAGGGGGCUGGGAAGAGGAGGGGGCUCCCUCAUCUCCACACACUCCCCUACCCCAAAGCCAGAGAGACCCAGACUGUGCCAGCUGCUUCAGAUGUGCCUGCCCCCACCCUGCCCGUGUUGGGGGACAGGGCUGGGACUGGGGUCUGAUCCCCAGGCUCCAGCUCUGCAGCCUCUCUCCUGGGGUGAGGGGGCUGUAGUCAGACCAAAGGAAGAACUCAAAAUUGUCUUGUUUAUUUGUGUUUGUGACCAAGUGGCCCCUCCCCACACCCAGGUUUAUGGCCUCAUUUUCACUUGUAUAUUUUUCCACACUGUAAAUUUCUUGUACAAACCCAAAGGAAAAAAAUUAAAAAAAUUUUUUGUUUUUAAAAAAA